AUGCUCCCAUCGCUCAAGGCAUCUGUUAGGAACAUGGCCGCUUCGCUCAACAUAUCCAUGGGCCUCAGCUCGCGAGGGCUUGGUACCCUCCGGCUGUGGGCAAGAGGUGGUAUUGCCGAAGGUGUGUUUGUCCCCCCCUACCCUGGCCUUUUCAAACUGAUGUUAAGUAUCAUCUUACGAGCAGCCACUAGUCCUUCUCAUGGCCCCCGAUCCUUCGCCGCCCCUGCCUCCGGUCGUAAGCCUCUUUGGUCGACCCGAUUUACCUCCGUGCUGGACCGACUGAGCUGCCGUCCGCUUCCUGUUUCACUCCGAAGACCUGGUAUCGAACUUCAAAUGACGACUAGGUAA